AUGUUGGAAACGGACGGGCCCCGGGGAACACUGGCAAGUAGGAUGGCUCCUCUGUGGCCCUUCGUCCUGGCUGCUGCCUCAGGAAUCCUGGCCAUUGAUGCGCCUCAUCCCAGGAGCUCUGCUCUGCGUCAUCUCACCAAGCAACUAUUGCAGAAAUACCGCAAGGAGGUGAGGCCGGUUCACAACUGGACCCAGGCCACCACUGUCUACCUGGAUGUGUUUGUCUAUGCAGUGCUGGAUGUGGAUGCACAGAAUCAAAAAUUAAAGACAAGUGUAUGGUACCGUGAGGUUUGGGAUGAUGAGUUUUUAUCCUGGAACUCCAGCAUGUUUGAUGAGAUUAAUGAGAUCUCCCUACCUCUAAGUGCCAUCUGGGCCCCUGAUAUCAUCAUUAAUGAGUUUGUGGACAUUGAAAGAUCACCCGACCUUCCCUAUGUUUAUGUGAAUUCAUCUGGGACCAUUAAGCACUCUAAGCCCAUCCAGGUGGUCUCUGCGUGCAAUUUAGAGACAUACGCUUUCCCAUUUGAUAUCCAGAAUUGCAGCCUAACCUUCAGUAGCAUUCUGCACACAGUGGAAGAUGUAGACCUGGCCUUCCUGAGGAGCAGAGAAGACACCACGCAUGACAAAAAGGCAUUUUUGAAUGACAGUGAGUGGGAACUUCUCUCUGUGUCCUCAACAUAUAACAUCCUGCGGAGCAGCGCUGGAGAUUUUGCCCAGAUUCGGUUUAAUGUAGUGAUUCGCAGGCGCCCCCUGGUCUAUGUUGUGAGCCUGCUGAUUCCCAGCAUCUUCCUGAUGCUCGUGGACCUGGGGAGCUUCUACCUGCCGCCCACCUGCCGUGCCAGGGUUGUGUUCAAGACCAGCGUGCUGGUGGGCUACACGGUCUUCAGGGUCAACAUGUCUGAUGAGGUGCCCAGGAGCGCAGUGAGCACCCCGCUGAUUGGGGUCUUCUUCACGGUCUGCAUGGCCUUCUUGGUUCUCAGCUUAUCCAAGUCCAUCCUGUUGGUCAAAUUCCUCCAUGAUGAGCGGUGCAGCCGGCAGGAGCAGACCCUCCUGUGCCUUCGAGGGGACACCGAUGCUGGUGGGCCUAGAGUGGAUCCCCGCACCCAGUCGGCUGGGGUCACAGAGUUCCCCGUCUGGCAAGAGCACCAGGCCCAGUCCGAGACCCUGAAGGAAGUCUGGUCCCAGCUCCGCUCCAUUAGCAGCUACUUCCAAACCCGGGACCAGGCGGACCAGCAGGAGGCCGGGUGGCUGGCCCUCUUGGAACGCUUUGACCGACUGCUCUUCCAAAGCUACCUCGUUGUGCUGGGACUUUACACCGUCACCCUGUGCUCCCUCUGGGUGUCGUGGAGCGGCUUGUGA